AUGACGCAGACCACCGCCGUUCCGCUUGCACCAGCGUCGGUUCAACGAAAGGCGUCAAAAGCCAAGGCUAAGGGCCCUGAGAUUACCAUUCCAUCUGCACAGCCUACUCGUGACCGCAAGCAGCCUUCGACCAAUGUGUUCUCUCCGUUCAGUUUCCUGACUAGCAAGAGAAUUCGCACCAUCUCUGGAGUGUCUCUUGAUGUAUGCGAUGGAAAUACUGCAACGAACACUGUGAUCGGGUCUCCGGCUCUAUCUACCGUCAGCCAGGUUCAUCCUCUUCCACCUAUAGUGCCACCUGCGCGCGAUCCUAUGAUGGCAACUAGCCAAUGGAGGGAUAGAGAAGAGGCAGAGCAGAAAAGGCGGAAGAAAAGCCGUCCUCGGCCGGGAGUGACCUUCGACGUUGCGGAAGACCCACCCGACCCUUUCCCUGGGGCUGUAGGCAGGCAGAAAGCUGCGCGGCUGGUUCGGCGCAAAUCUGGCCGUUCUCAAACUCCUGGACCUCGCUGA